CCUCUCUUUCUAUUUCCGGCCCAGUCAUGGCUGCAGCUGGACGCAGGAAGCGACUGUUUUCAGAAUAGAUAUAAACAACAAGGAGCGAGGAACUACGCCGUUUGAAGGAGUAACUAUUGCGGAGUAACCUUUUGCUUUCUGACGCUUUGAAAUAUGUCUACUACAGCUCAGUUAUUCGAGGAACCCUUUGAUGCUGAUGAGUAUAUCGAGAGACUGGCAUGGAGAACUCCUGGAGGAGGCUCCAAAGGAGGUGCAGAAGCAUUUGACCCAAAAAAGUUGCUGGAAGAAUUUGUGAACCACAUUGAGGAACUAAAACAGCUGGAUGAAAGGAUUCAAAGGAAGGUGGAGAAGUUGGAGCAGCAAUGUCACCGUGAAGCCAAGGAGUUUGCCCACAAGGUCCAAGACCUGCAAAGAAGCAACCAAGUAGCCUUCCAGCACUUCCAGGAGUUGGAUGAACAUAUCAGUUACGUGGCCACCAAGGUGUGUCAUCUGGGAGAUCAGCUAGAAGGAGUCAAUACUCCAAGACAGAGGGCAGUGGAGGCUCAGAGACUCAUGACAUACUUCAACGAGUUCCUGGAUGGAGAACUACGCAGUGAUGUCUUCACCAAUCCAGAAAAGAUAAAAGAAGCUGCAGACAUCAUUCAGAAGUUGCACCUGAUCGCUCAGGAGCUGCCAUUUGAUAGAUUUUCUGAUGUCAAGGCCAAGAUAGCAAGUAAAUAUCAUGACCUUGAGCGUCAGCUGAUCCAGGAGUUCACAGCAGCUCAGCGAAGGGGAGAGAUUGGGCGCAUGCGUGAGGUGGCAGCAGUCCUUCUACAUUUUAAGGGUUAUGCCCACUGUGUGGAUGUCUACAUCAAGCAAUGCCAAGAGGGAGCGUACAUGCGGAAUGAUGUAUUUGAAGAUAUUGCCAUUCUGUGUCAGCGGGUUAAUAAACAGGUUGGAGAGGUUUUCUGCAGUCCAGAGACUGUCAUGGCUAAACUCAUUCAGAGCAUCUUUGAGAAUAAGAUACAGGCUCAUGUCAAAGAAAGACUAGAGGAGACACGCCACUCUGAUGUGGAGCAAUACCUCAAGAACCUCUAUGACCUCUAUUCAAGGACAACGGCACUGGCUGCUAAGCUCACAGACUUUAACUUGGGCUCAGACAAGCAAACUUUUCUAUCUAAACUGAUAAAAAAUAUAUUCUCCUGUUAUCUGGAGAGCUACAUAGACAUGGAGCGACAAUAUCUGCAAAACCGCAGUGGCUUGAUUCUUCAGCGCUUUUAUGACUCUAAGAACCACCAAAAACGUCCUGUAGGCAUGGGAAGUAUGCAGGAGCUAAAAGAGAGGAUCAGACAACGCACUAACCUGCCUCUGGGACCCAGUAUUGACACACAUGGAGAGACUCUCCUCUCACAAGAGGUUGUAGUUAACCUGUUGCAGGAAACCCGACAAGCCUUUGAGAGAUGCAACAAGUUGUCAGACCCAGCAGAUCUAUCAAAAAAUGCCUUCUCCAUUUUCCUGCUUUUGGUGGAGUACCUGUGUGUGGACCAUAUAGACUAUGCGCUUGAGAUUGGGCUGUCAGCCAUCCCAUCUGCAGAUGCCAAAAAUGCCAACCUUUACUUUCUGGAUGUGGUUCAGCAAGCCAACACAAUCUUUCACCUCUUUGAUAAGCAGUUUAAUGAUCAUCUUAUGCCUCUUAUUAGCUCCUCUCCCAAGUUGACGGAGUGCCUGCACAAGAAGAAAGAGGUGAUAGAACAGAUGGAGGUGAAGCUGGACACCGGGAUUGAUCGGACAUUAAAUUGCAUGGUAGGCCAGAUGAAGUACAUCCUGGUGAAUGAACAGAAGAAAACCGACUUCAAGCCAGAAGAUGAGAACAAUGUCAUGAUACAGUACACUACAGCGUGCUCAAAGGUGUGUGCCUAUGUGAGCAAGCAGGUGGAGCGUGUGCGGCGGUCCAUGGAUGGUAAGAAUGUGGACACGGUCUUGACUGAGCUGGGAGUGCGGUUCCACAGGCUGAUCCACGAGCACCUGCAGCAGUUCAGCUACAGCUCCAUGGGUGGUAUGCUAGCCAUCUGUGAUGUGGCUGAAUACCGCCGCUCUGCCAAAGAUUUCAAGGUUCCUCUCGUGCUCCAGCUCUUCGACAUGCUUCAUGCUCUGUGUAACCUUCUGGUUGUGGCUCCGGACAACCUCAAACAGGUGUGCUCUGGAGAGCAGCUGACCAACCUCGACAAGAACCUCCUCCACGCUUUCGUCCAGCUGAGAGUAGACUACCGCUCAGCCCGACUGGGACGCCAUUUCAGCUAAUGACUGGCAGGGCUGCUCAAUUACCGCACGGCCGUCAAUUCAGAGCUGCGAGAAACACAAGUGGCCAAUCUUGACUGUCUUUGUCUGUGAUUCAGUGUGGAAAUUAAACUUUGUGUUUAACGAACAAAAGGGCAGCUGUUUCAAAGCCCAACCCUUCCCAGGUCGCUCAGUUUUAAGUUACGCAUUUUGUUCUGUAUGCAGGUUUAUGAUAUAAUUUUAAAAGGAUGUAUAAUGAAAGUAGAGGGCCCCCGUAUCUUCGGUUUCUAAUGGAGAGAGGGAGAUCAUCUCAGUUUGAUGAACCAAGGUGGGCCACUCAAAUGAUUCUGCCACUGGACUUGGGUGGUUAAUGGUCACGUUUUUAUUUGCUUUUAUUUUGAUUGUGCCAAAUCCAUCCUCUGUGGCUCUACUGGGAAGAAAGAAAGAAAGGAUCAAUGAGUUUGUCAAGCUCAUUUCACUCAGGCUCUUGAGCACACAUAGGGAGACAUUUACUGUUUUGAGCUGAACAAUGCAGGUGUAAAUGUUGCCAAGCUAAUUUUGUUCUAAAUUCAUUUCAUACUCUUAAAGCGAAUACAUUAACACAUUGAUUUUAAGAUUCAGUUAGGGCUGUUUAAUGAGGAGUUCUGUAAAUAAUAAUAAUAAUAAUGAUACAAUUACAUUAGAAUGGUUUCAUCUCCAAACUGUCCUACAACCUGCAAUGCUGACCUUUCCAGUGUUAUUUUGGAGAUGUAAAUGAUAAAUAUUCCAUCUGUGCUAACAGCCUGCCGCUUACAAAAAAUCAAAGUGAUAUUUGCAUACAGUCAAAUAACAAUCACAUAAUUAAUGAACAAUUGUUUGGCUUUAAGAGUUAGCUCUGAGUGUUGUGUGAGGUUUCAAAGGGCUCAGGUCACACACUGUUGUUUCUUAAAGACUGAUCUGAUUCUUAAUUAGGACUUUGUGUUUUUAAUUCUUAUGGAUAUUCUGUAGCUCAGUGACCAGAAAUGUGGGCGUUGCCACCAGCCAUAAACCAUCAAUCCAAGACACUUUCAUCUGACAGGGAUGAGUUGAAUGCAGUAAUGUCAUAUGACCAGUUGAACUCUAACCCUUAACCUCUUUUGAAGAGGCUGGGGUCAAGAUCUUUGACCUCUGGGAAUGACCUAGGUGUGUUAGACUGUUAGAAAGGAUUAGAUGGUCUGAUUCUUGAUUCUGUUAUUCUGGGCUGAUUUCAAACAUGAAUUUAUGUCAAAAUCA